GUAAGUUAACCAAGCUGUAGAGUUAAGGGUUUUGUAAUAACUGUGAAUUUCUUGGCAGUUGCUUGAGAAUUUACCAUGGUGUGGGCAAAGGGUGUUUUACUUUACACAGUGGCUGUGAUGUCACUAAGUUGUUGUUUAAGGGCUGAUCCUGUGGCCUUUUUGGAAGCUAGUACUGUUUAUGGAGCAGUCUCUGAAAACCCUGUCCGUUUUGGCAGACUUUUAAUUGGUGGUCAAGGUUCAGUAUCUUAUAAUAAUGUGAAAACAUCUGCAUUGAGGCCAGCGGCACCAGAAGGGCACCAGUCAAAUGAAGAAACGUGGUUUCACCCUACUAGCACUAAAUUGCACCGUCUGGGUUCUUCUGUGCAAUGUAGCAAUGAUUCAAUGAUCUUGCACAUUCCAGGACAGCGAAUGCCACACUUCCUGGUUGACCGAGGAGAGAAGUCACCAGUGCCUUUGUCUGAGAUGCCAGCUAGCUGUGGCUUCUCACUGAAGCGUGCACGCAGGGAUGUCUCUCUUGUUGCUCCAUACAGGGGCUGUCAUGUCAGACAACAGGGUGCAAGAUAUAUUCUGCCGCUCAUUAUAAUGGGCAAUCCAGUGCAAGUGUCUUGCCCUGUGAAUCCUCCUCUCCCUACUGUGUCCUGCUUCUCCUCUGGCAUGAUCGUCAAAUUUUGUGUCCGGGCAGAAAAUGUUAAAGUUAAAGUUGAUGGAUCAUGGCAGCCUCUUCUUCUGAAAUACACCCAAUGCUCAUUCAUGUUGGACACUACUGCUGGUCUAGUUGUCACUGCACCAUUCACAGGAAGCUGUUGGGAAAUAACCGAUAAUGAAAGGAGACUUCCUUUGAUGUACGGUGACCGGGAAGUGACUCUUGCCUGUCCUCUGACACAGCCCACCAUAACUCCAACUUCAGCCCCAACCACACCGCUCCGUGACCCAAAUGACAUGCAACAGAUGUUUGGCCAUUUCCCUCUUGGAGGACCCUGGCAGUAUCCUCCAUACCCUGGUGUACCUGCUACCCUGCCUCCCACUGUGCCACCUACGGCUGCUCCUCCUCAAUAUCCUUUCCAGCAACCCAUGUACCCUCCCAAGUAUCCCAUGCCAAUAUUUGAUCCCUUUCACCCUAAAGGUGACCCAGUUCCUCCCCCAGCAGCACAACCACCACAAUAUCCCUGGUACCAAAAGCUGCCUCCUUACAUGACUGGCUUCCACAGCCCAGUAGAAGUGAACACCCCUCCAAUGACCACAACUGCCCCAUACCAGCCUCAACACCAGUAUCCAGGUUAUCCAAUGUACCCACCGUUCUACGGUCAACUACCCAUCAAGUCUGGGUCUCCAACUGUGAAAAACCCUCUCAUGCCUCAGUAUCCUAAAGCUUCAGGCUUUGGUCCCCGCAGCCGUAAGGUACGGUCUUCUCCUGCAUUAUCCUCAGUCAAGUGGUUACCUAUGAGACCCGUAGACUGAGCAGAUGAGUGUAUUCUGAAGUGGCAUUCCUCUUGACACCAGAAUGAACUGACCUCAUUAGCUUGCUUUGUGUAAGCCUAAUAAAGGUUUGAAUUAAAA